AUGAGCGAGGCGGCGGAGACCAGCACGCCCAGCCCGGCGCCUCCCGCAGCCGCCGCUGCGACUGCCACCGCCUCCCCGGCCGGAGCCCCUGCGCCGCCGUCUCCCGCCGGCCCGGACGCCAAGCCCAAGAGCCCUGUCAGCGCCGCCGCGCCGAGCGCAGCUGUUGGGGAGGCGGCCCCCGGCGCGGCUGCGGCCGCCGCAACCACAGCCACAGCCACAACCGCCGUGGCCGAAACAGAGAAGAAAGUACUGGCCACCAAAGUUCUUGGCACAGUCAAGUGGUUCAACGUCAGAAAUGGAUAUGGCUUUAUCAACAGAAAUGAUACCAAAGAAGAUGUGUUUGUUCAUCAGACGGCGAUCAAGAAAAACAACCCCCGGAAAUACCUGCGCAGUGUGGGUGAUGGAGAGACUGUAGAGUUUGAUGUGGUCGAGGGAGAGAAGGGUGCAGAAGCAGCUAACGUGACCGGCCCAGAUGGAGUCCCGGUAGAAGGCAGCCGCUACGCUGCAGACCGGCGCCGCUAUCGCCGCGGCUAUUUCGGCCGACGCCGUGGACCACCUCGAAGUGGUGUUGAGGGAGAGAUGAGGGAUGGGGUCACAGAAGGAGGACAACUUCAUCAGCAAGUCCACAGGAAUCCCACGUACCGUCCCCGCUACCGCAGGGGCCCCUCACGUCCACGGCCUGUCCCAGUGGCUGGAGAAGCUGAAAACAAGGAGAACCAUCAGGAGGCCAAUGCCAUGAGUCAGCAGCCCCCUCGCCGGGGGUACCGGCGCCCUUACAACUACCGACGCCGACCUCGUCCGCCCAAUGCUCCAGCUCAGGACGGGAAAGAAACAAAGGUGACUGAAACACCCGCUGAAAAUCCUGCUCCAGUGACUGAGCAGAGUGGUGCUGAGUAAUGCCCGGCUCCUCAGACACCUUUACCAUCCCUCAGGUGUCCUAAAACAACUCAAAAGUAACACCAAAGAAACACAGAAGCAAUAAAUUGUCAGCAGUGAUGAUGAAAGCAAAGAUUUUUUUUUUUUUUUUGAAACAUGGAAACUUAACAAAAAUGAAACUGACCAGCAGCUGAGAUCCAGGGAACGCCUGCAAGAGAGAUGCAUGGAGAAGGCGAAAAAGAGUGAGGUUCAGAAAGAGCAACCUCCCUUGUGUCAACAGCAACUCUGGGGGGGGAGGGGUUUGGAUUUGGUUUAUUUUUUUAGAAUUUCACUUUUUCACCAGUAUUGAAUUUUUCAAAUUUCUUUUUGGUAUCAAACUGAAAAGGGGAAAAAAAACCAAAAAAACCCAACCAGAGAACUGAAAAUGAAAUCAAAUGCUUUUUUUCUUAAUCAUUGGAUGCUGGUGCUAAACCUCCCAGGUGUGGUGAGUUUUGGGGUUGGUUUUUUUUGUGCCAGUCCUGUCCACUGCAGGACAGGGGGAGGAGAAACUUCUGCUUUUCUUGGUAAGAUCUCUUUGAAACUGUGCAGCAUGGGUGACGUUCCUCAAAUAAAAGUGAUUUCAACUACC